CUAUUACAAACGUUGCUGGCUUUGAUGAACACAAUGUUAAUCACGCGAAUGAACGUAGCGUUAUCACCGGUAGUUAGCGAAUAUCACCGUUGUUUCCGCCUCGUCGAAGUGAAUUUGUCGGUGACUGAACUGAGUUUGCUAGAGUGGACCGAUGAAAACCUCCAGAAGCUGUACGCUGCAAUGAAAAGCAACCUCCCCGAGCAGAGCAGAACGUGCUCUUACUUCAGGGUACUGAAAGGUCUGGACUGGACUUCGGUGGCUUUCCCUCCUUUCUCUGCUGAAGAGUGCCAAGCAAAGUGGGGACAAGUUUUGCACAAGGCACGAAACGACACCUUCCAAAAAUGCAGCUUUUACUACAGAUCCCAACCCAACACCCCAACAGGUCCUGUGUCCAUUCUCCUAAGGAUGCGCAAGUAUCGGUCCCUCACAGAGCUCAUAGACGAAGCUGAAUGUGUCCUUUCAAAUACUCACCAACAAAGUGAGGCUGUAGUGAAAUGUCUUGUUGAGCCCAAGAUGCCAGCCCGAUCUGGUAAUUCCAUUUUUGUAAAAGAUCAGAUGGCACUUCUUAAGGAGCAAGUCCCAAAUGCAAGGAACCGCUUCCUCAAAGCCAACCAAAACUGGAAUGACCUCUCCACAGAGGAGAAGAAAUGCUACAAAAUAAUAGUACAACAAAACGCAAAAAAAUAUUCAAUGGACCUGCAUGAGUGGUUUAAGACAUUGACGGCAGCAGAACAGGAGGGAUAUAGAACAUCUAACCCCAGAAAAUAUAAGUACAUUGAAGCCAUACAUAGCAACCAUGAGAGGGAAGAACAGAACAAUCAUGAUAUGGAAGACCAGAACAAUCAUGAGGUGGAAGACCAGAACAAUCAUAAUAGGGAAGAACUUUGCCCAAACAGACCGUCAGAUUCAGAAGAUGAAGACAUUGAGGACAGCAGCAGUGACGAAGAAGAGGACGAUCUAGACAGUGAUGAGGAUGAGGAGGAAGACGAGGGUGUCAUCACAUUUGAGAUGUAUUAGAUGGUAAAUAGAUGGACAGCAGAGGUCUCACACAUGCACGCACUCAAGUUCAGAGCGGGACUCUGGAUUUGAGAAGAUGGACAAGUGCUUCGGUGGAUGACGCUAACCUAAAUAUCUACAGCUGAUACUGAACUUUUGCCGAAACAUGCUCAUUUUAAGAAGCGUAUAGAGAAAUGCAUGCAUUAACCGCAUCAAAUAUUGUUACAUAACAAUAUUUUUUUAUAUUUGCUUCACCAUGUUGAAACCACUCCCUCAUUUUGUCAUUUGUAAAUAAACAAAAAUCUUUCUAAUAAACAUGUUAUAUAAAGA